AUGACUUUCAGUGUGAAUAGAGUUAUUAAAGAGAGUGAAAAAACAAGUUUUACGGUACACUUACUUUUGGAUCGCUGCACAAUGGAUGAUAAAUUAGAAAAUCAGUUAAUUGAAUUUUCACUUGGUCUUCUCCAUCGGAAAGUCGAAUUUACUGCUUGUGGAAUUAUAUCACUAGAUGGCUCUCUUCUCCAAUCAGUAAGCGCAAAAAUUCUCAUGGUUAUUGACUAUUUUCGUACUUACAAUAAGUUAUUUUUCCAUUUAACAGGUUUUGGGUACUAUCGUUACCUAUCUUGUUAUACUUAUACAAUUCUAGUAGAAUUUUCUAUUGAGCUUCUGCAUCAAAAAAUGGAAUUCAGUGCAUUUGGGAUUAUAUCCUUCGAUGGUUCUCUUCUUGAGACGAUGACUGGCACUAUAGUAACUUAUCUUGUAAUUUUAGUACAAUUUCAAAUUGAACUCUCUAUAAAGAGUUUUUUCAGAAUUAUACAUAUUCUUCAAAAUAGAUGA